AUGAUCAACACGAACACCUCAACCACCACACACUGCUUUCCAUCCGCGACAAUUGGGUUGCGGAAGCACGGGCCCAUCACCAUCGACCCGACACAAUUACCCGACCGGAAAACCCUAGUCGACUUCCGUGGCCGGUUGAAGAAUAUACACAUGGGAUCCGGAGAUAGAACUCCAGCGGGUCACAUGGAAAGCUCUAUCUCUGCUCUGAAACCUAAGCCGAGUCUAAUGUUGGUGGCUAGGAGAGGAAAUGUGAGCCGUGUGAUGUUGAACCAAGAUGAGAUCAUUAAGGUGGCUAAGGAAGUGGGGUUCAAAGUGAGCUUGUUGGAAGCUUCGGGAGAUAACAAAUCAAUGGCGGAUGAUUACAAGCAAGUUCACACGAGUCAUGCGUUGUGGUGGGUGCCUACUGGAUUAGGAACAGAGUGGGCUUCUAGAACAUACUAUGGGGAGAAGACAAGCAGGGUUUUGGGGUUGGAGUAUAUGGAAUACAAGGCGGAGGCAAAUGAAAGCAGCUUAUCAGAUAAAUAUGGGAGUGAGAGCUUAGUGGUGAAGAACCAAGAAGGCUUUCAUGGGGGAAAAUGGAGUAAGAGAGAUAUAUUUUGA